AUGAGAGAAAUUGUUCACAUUCAAGCCGGUCAAUGUGGUAACCAAAUCGGUGCCAAGUUCUGGGAAGUCAUUUCUGAUGAACAUGGUGUUGAUCCAACUGGUGCUUAUCACGGAGACUCUGAUUUGCAAUUAGAAAGAAUUAACGUUUACUAUAAUGAAGCUACUGGUGGUAGAUAUGUCCCAAGAGCUAUUCUUAUGGAUUUGGAACCUGGUACAAUGGACUCUGUUAGAGCUGGUCCAUACGGUCAAAUCUUUAGACCAGAUAACUUUGUCUUUGGUCAAACUGGUGCUGGUAACAACUGGGCUAAGGGUCACUAUACUGAAGGUGCUGAAUUAAUUGACUCUGUUUUGGAUGUCGUAAGAAAGGAAGCUGAAUCUUGCGAUUGUUUGCAAGGUUUCCAAAUUGCUCACUCUUUGGGUGGUGGUACUGGUUCUGGUAUGGGUACUUUGUUGAUUUCCAAGAUUAGAGAAGAAUACCCAGACAGAAUGAUGAUGACCUUCUCUGUCUUCCCAUCUCCAAAGGUCUCUGAUACCGUCGUUGAACCAUACAAUGCCACACUCUCAGUCCAUCAACUUGUAGAAAAUGCUGAUGAAGUCAUGUGUAUUGAUAACGAAGCCUUGUACGAUAUUUGUUUCAGAACCCUUAAGCUUACUACACCAACCUUUGGUGACUUGAACCACUUGGUCUCUAUUGUCAUGUCUGGUGUUACUUGUUGCUUGAGAUUCCCAGGUCAAUUGAACUCUGAUUUGAGAAAGUUGGCUGUUAACUUGAUUCCAUUCCCACGUCUCCACUUCUUCUUGAUUGGUUUCGCCCCAUUGACCUCAAGAGGUUCCCAACAAUAUAGAGCUUUGACUGUUCCAGAAUUGACCCAACAAAUGUUCGAUGCUAAGAAUAUGAUGGCUGCUUCUGAUCCAAGACACGGUAGAUAUUUAACUGCUUCUGCCAUGUUCAGAGGUAGAAUGAGUACUAAGGAAGUUGACGAACAAAUGCUCAACGUUCAAAAUAAGAACAGCUCAUACUUUGUUGAAUGGAUUCCAAACAAUAUCAAGUCAUCAGUCUGUGACAUUCCACCAAGAGGUUUGAAGAUGGCUGCUACUUUCAUUGGUAACUCUACUGCUAUCCAAGAAAUGUUCAAGAGAGUAUCUGAACAAUUCACUGCCAUGUUCAGAAGAAAGGCUUUCUUGCAUUGGUAUACCGGUGAAGGUAUGGAUGAAAUGGAAUUCACUGAAGCUGAAUCCAACAUGAAUGACUUGGUUUCUGAAUACCAACAAUACCAAGAUGCCACUGCUGAAGAAGAAGGUGAAUUUGAUGAAAAUGAAGGUGCUGAAGGUGAAGAACAACCAGCCGAUUAUUAAAUUCAAUAAAAUCUAGGUCCUGUAC